UCUGUCUCGGCGCCGCCAUCUUGGAGCCACGGCCGAGGAAGGGGCAAAAAGGGGGAAAGAGAGGGAAAGGAGUCGGGAGCGAGGCGGACGAGGGCGAGGGUACGGUGGGGUCCCGGCCGGCCAAAGGAGGCUCGCAGGAGCAGCAGCCCGCCGCCCGACCGCAGCUGGAUUGUGAAUAUUGAUCCAGGAGACAAUCUGUUUCAGAAAUUGAUUGGAAAGACACUGGCUCUGCCACUAACAGCCAUGUAACCUUGGAUAUGGAAGAAAGCAGCAGCAUUGCCAUGUUGGUGCAAGAGAUUGGAGAACAGGAGGCUGUGUUAACUGCUGAAGGAGUCCUCAGCCCUUCCUCAGAAGUUGACCAACAAAGAAAAGCUAAAGCAGAUCCAUUGGUCCACGUCAUCCAGAAGCUAAGCAAGAUAGUGGGGCAUGAGAAGUCACAAAAAUGUCUACUGAUUGGGAAAAAGCGCCCACGUCCAAGUGAGACAGCAAACUCUCUUGAAAAGCUAGAGAACUGUGAGAUUCCAGCUAAAGCCACUGAGUCCCCUGCUUCUGGGGUUAGGAAAGCCGAGAUGUCACAGGCAAGUUCCACUCUUGCUUCAAAUGAUGGGAAGGCUAUGUCCUACCAGUGUAGCCUUUGUAAGUUCCUGUCACCGUCCUUUUCUGUGCUAAAAGAGCACGUCAAGCAGCAUGGGCAGCAGCAUGACGUGAUGCUCAUGUGCUCGGAGUGCCACGCCACCACCAGGAGCCAGCAGGAGCUCGAAGCGCACGUGGUGAGUGAGCACGAGAACAGUGCCAGUAGCCAGGCCCGGUCCAGCCCCUCCCGUCAGGGAGCCACAGAAAGAAAGAGUGAGACCAUGGUAGACAUCCCAGUGAACAUGGGCAGUCCACAGACCCAUGCUGUCCAGAGUGCAGCCAUGGCAGAGUCGGGUCGGAGGAAGUGGUAUGCAUAUGAACAGUACGGCAUGUACCGGUGCUUAUUCUGUAGCUACACCUGCGGCCAGCAGCGGAUGUUAAAGACACAUGCUUGGAAACAUGCAGGGGAAGUUAACUGCUCCUACCCAAUCUUUGAGAAUGAAAAUGAGCCCCUUGGCCUUCUGGCUUCUUCUAUGUCUGCUGCACCUGGUGGGGUUGAUGCAGUUGUCAUUGCUAUUGGGGACAGCGAGCUGAGCAUCCACAAUGGGCCAUCUGUACAAGUACAGAUUUGCAGCUCUGACCCACCGUCUUCAUCUCCUUUAGAACAAAGCACAGAGGAGGGAGUACACCUAAGCCAGGCAGUCACACUGGACGCUAACGAGGAAGAAAUGCUGGAGGUGAUGUCUGAUUCCGAGGAGAAUCUCUUUGCUGAUAGUUUGCUAUCUUCAGCACAGAAAAUCAUUAGCAGUAGCCCAAACAAAAAAGGUCACGUGAAUGUCAUUGUGGAACGUUUGCCAAGUGCUGAAGAAACCCUCCCACCAAAACAUUUCCUCAUUAAUGCUGAAAUGGAAGAGGGGAAGAGCCCAAGCCCCGCUGAAGCCCAGCCUGGGUGUGGAGGAGCAGGAAAUAUGUACCAUGCUGAUAAAUGUACUGUUGAUAUUGGGGGGUUGAUCAUCGGCUGGAGCAGUGCAGAGAAGAAAGACAGUGAGCUAAGUAAGGGCCUGGCCCCUGAUGAGAAUGCCCCACCAGGACGGAGAAGGACAAAUUCUGAAUCUCUCAGGCUGCACUCCUUAGCUGCAGAAGCCCUUGUCACCAUGCCGAUAAGAGCUGCUGAACUAACAAGAGCCAGCCUUGGGCACUAUGGGGACAUAAACCUUUUAGAUCCAGACACUGGACAAAGGCAGGUCAGUGGUCCAUUGGCAACAUACUCAAAAAAAAUCAUGUCUCCUCUUAAGAACUCUACAGAUGGAGUAACAAGUUUUAACCAAAGCAAUUCCACUGUGGUAGCUCUCCCAGAGGGAAGGCAGGAAUUGUCAGAUGGGCAAGUUAAGACAGGCAUCAGUAUGUCCCUUCUUACUGUAAUAGAAAAACUGAGAGAAAGGACAGACCAGAAUGCAUCAGAUGAUGACAUUUUGAAAGAGUUGCAGGACAAUGCCCAGUGUCAGCCCAACAGCGAUGGGAGUUUGUUGGGGUCCAACGUGGUGGAGUACAUCCCAGAUGCCGAGCGGCCCUACCGAUGCCGCCUGUGCAACUACUCAAGUGGCAACAGGGGCUACAUCAAACAGCACCUGCGUGUCCAUCGGCAGAGGCAGCCUUACCAGUGUCCUAUCUGUGAGCACAUAGCUGAGAACAGCAAAGACUUGGAAAGCCACAUGAUCAACCACUGUAAAACCAGAAUACACCAAUGUAAGCAGUGCAAAGAAUCUUUCCAUUACAAGAGCCAACUGAGGAAUCAUGAGAGAGAGCAGCACUGCCUGCCCAACACCUUGUCAGUAGCUUCGAAUGAGCCAAGAAUUUCCCGUGAUGCCGCUGAUGGAAAGUGUGCUCAGGAAGGGAACAAGCCUUCAACCCAGAAACAGUAUAGGUGUGACGUGUGUGAUUACACAAGUACAACGUAUGUCGGCGUCAGGAACCACAGACGAGUCCAUAACUCAGAUAAGCCAUACAGGUGCUCCUUGUGUGGGUAUGUGUGCAGCCACCCCCCUUCCUUGAAGUCACACAUGUGGAAACAUGCAAGUGACCAGAACUACAACUACGAGCAAGUUAACAAGGCCAUCAAUGAUGCAAUCUCACAAAGCGCCAGAGUUCUGGGGAAAUCCCGUGGAAAACCGCCCUUAACCAGCAGCGAAGAGAGAACUGGCCCUACCACAGGCAGUCCAGAAAACUUGGUGUCAUCCUCAGAGCUCACUUCCCAGCUGCCCGGUGAAGUUAUCGAUGCCAGCGAGCUUGAGAAACUGAACCCCACAGGCAGCAGCUCUGACGUCUCAGGAAGAAGCUGCAGCCUGGCCACACCAGGCACCGAGUACUGCGUGUUGCUCUUCUGCUGCUGCAUCUGCGGCUUUGAGUCAACCAGCAAGGAGAGCCUCCUGGAUCACAUGAAGGAACAUGAGGGGGAGAUUGUCAGCAUCAUCCUGAACAAGGACCACAGCACAGCCCUGAAUGCCAACUAGCUAGGAGCACGUGGGAGGGAUUCUGAACUGCAGGCCAACCUCAGUGCCAUCACGAGCUUACCAGACAUGGAGGAAGCAGGUGGUAUGGCUAAUACUCUGGUGCUUGAGUGAGGACACAGAGCUGUGACCCUGUGUGAGCCUCUGGCGCCCCUUCUUAAUGUCACCACUGAUUAUUAAAAGCUUACUAUAGUCCAGAAUCUGCAAGCAGAGGAGUUGAGAAGACUGCAGAGCCACACUGGUGUGAUGAGGGAAGUGACAGAUGGGAAAGGGCAGUUGCCACUGUCGCCAGGAUGGGCAAUAGGAAGGGGGUCGGUGACUUCCACUGUCUCCAGAGAGCAGUGGGGCUGUGGAAUGGGCUUCAUAAAUCUUUUCCUUGUGUUGAUAGGAAUUGAUCACAAACUCAAUGUAGGGUAUGGUCCUUUACUCCCUAAAAAAGGAGAGAGAUGCCCAAAUCACUCCUGGAUUAUAAACAUUUGGGAAGUAAAUUAUUGUUUCAAAUUCAUAGUGACUCCAUACAAGACUCAAACCAAAUCUCAGGUUCACAUAAAUGAAUAACUUCUCAGAGGUCAGUGUGAACAACCCGAGCCCACUCCUCCAGUCACACAGCUACACUCCCCGUCAUCACCACCGCUAGCAGUUGUCUGACAGCCUCCUCAAGCAGGAGGACAGAGACUGCUACUGCAUCAGCUGUCCUUGAGCUAGCUCACCUGCUUACUCAAGCACACUGUAGCUUGAGAGCCAAAGAAAGCAGCUUUGGGGAGGCUGGUGUGGUGGCAGUGGCUACAAUCCACAGGUGUUGUGAGCAGGGGAUUGCAGGAUCAAGGCCAACCUGGAUUAGCAGGACUGGGCCUCAUGAGGUUAAAAAGAUCCCUUGUCGAAUGAAAGCUGAAAGUCAGGUGCCUCAAAGUAGCACAGCUGGUAUGGUUUGCUCUGCUUCGAAUUUAUGAGUGUAGUUACACUUAACAGAACAACCCAGGUGACUAAGGAUGGUCCAACCUCAGUCUGUUUGAAUAAAAGACUGGUAUGGUUCACAUAGUCAGGAGGCAGACACAAGUGGGUUUCAGAGUUUAAGGCAAGCCUCAUCGCAUAGCAAGUUCCAGGCUAGCUAAGGCUUCAAAGUGAGGUCUUAUCUCAAAAAAAUUAAACAAAAUAAUUUUUAAAAGGACUGGAGGGAUGGCUCAGCAAUUUAGAGCACUGGCUGCUCUUCCUCAGGAUCCAGGUUUGACUCCCAGUAACCAUAUGUAACUGACAGCAAGUUCUGGGGACGUGGUACACUCUGGCCUCACCAGGCACCAAGCACACAUGUAGUUCACAGACAUAAUUCAGGCAAAACACUAACAACAAAGUCUUCAAGUAAAAUUUUGGUGAGAACUUUGAAAACCUGGGACUAUGCAUAGCACUUGAGCACUCAUCAUGUACAUCUAGCCACAAGAAAACAAACAACACAAGCAGUUUCCUGUCAGAAACACCAUUCAGCAAGUGGCUAGUAUAUUUCUAAGAGAGUCCAUUUGUUAGUGUGCAAGAAAAUCUACUGAGAAACUAGCUCAGUAUAUUUGUGAUGAAGUUUGCAUCACACAGAUGUGACCUCAGUAGUCCCAUGGUUGGUUCCAUCACUGCUGAGGGUGAUGCGAACAAGGUGCUGUUUGUGUAGUUCUGAUCGCUUACUGUUCCGUUACAGCAGGCUGCAGUGCUGUUAAUGUGGGUAUUCUGUACACACCCAGAGUCGAGGGCAGCUCCCGGAAGGACAGAGGCAGUGGGUGUUGACAAGCUUUAUAACUUGGGUUCCUGAAGUUGAGGUGUCCAGAAAGUGAGUUAUUAGCUUUCAUGUGGGGUCGGGAGCUAUGGCAUGGGGCCAGGCAUGUGGAAACACUUUCUGAUUUGUUUUAUGUUUUUCCACCAUAAUUUUGAUGACACUAUUUAGAAAAACUUGACGAAAAAUUUGCCAUUCUCUGAUUUUGGGUAGCUUUGGGGGUGGUGGGGAGCAGAGUCUUUGUGUAUAGUCCUGGCUGACCUCGAACUCAUUAUGAAGACCAGGCUGACCUCAGACUUACAGAGAUUCACUUGCCUCAGCCUCCCAAGUGCUGGGAUUAAAGGCAGUAGCCAUCACACCUGGCCAAGAUAGGCUUAAUUUAUUUGUGAAGGUUAAUUCAUUUCUGAUAUAUGGAUUUUAAUAAGAAAAUGAAUUUAUAGAUACUAAUUCAAUUUCCCUGAAUUUAUUCUAUAUGGACUUAGAUGAAUUUUCUCAUAUUUUCACAAUUAAAAUAUUUAUAUUUAAUGCCAAAUGCAAAAAAAAUUCAUGUUUCCAUUUUUAUCACCCAUUGCUGUUGUUCCUACUAGAUCUGGUUUUCAUUUUGCUGUUAGUCUAACCAAUAAUAGCCUUCAGUGAAUUUUCUGUGGCUUUAAUUUUCCACAAUUGGUUAAAAAAUAGUAAUCACCCAAAACACCCUACCAUUUCAGCAGGGUGGCUCUUCAAAAGACGCUUCCACGUUCCUUCAGGCCACAUGAUAGUAGUCAUGAGCGUAAACUUUUCCCCCACCCCACGGGGAAAAACUAAUAGCCCAAAGGCUCAGAGCCUCCGCUCUGCCAUGCGUUCGUAUGAGCUCUCUGGACCCUGCACAUCCUGAUAGCAUUUUACAGCAAGUCUCUACCAUGAAGCAAGAUUCUGAGGAACAGAAGCCUGUAUGUAUGGUUGUCAUUGCUGGGGAGCCUCUGACCCAGUCGGGGUCACUGCUCAGAGGAGUAUCCUGACCACUGCUCUAAGCUUUGGCAUGGGAAACCCUGAUUUUUGUCUCUUGCUCUGACCACCUGCGCUUCUAAGAGCAAAUGGGGAAUACUGCUUUAAAAUUACUGUGUUCAGUAAACGUAAGAUGGGGAGGUGGCAGUUGUGAUCUUUAUAAAUAUCAUUUUGUCCCUUGCUGUGAUCAUAGGACUCUGGCAGAUGCCCUCACUGGCCUCUCAGCCAUGUGCCUGUUCACUUUAUCUGUGGCUUGACCACACGCAGCGAUCGAUACCAGCUGAAGCUUCUGCCCUGGACCUCUCAGUCCUCUGUUCGAGGUUACCAUCGGUGGCUUUGUAAUUACUGUUCUUUUUCUCACAAAACAAAUGUGAGCAUCAUGUUUACAUCGCAUCUCUGCAGCGUAGUUGGCUUGACAAAGAUGAGCAGGUGUCUCUGGUCUCAGUUUCAUAAGCACUUAUUUAAUCCGGUUUUUAUUAAUUGUGCAGCAAGGUGCUCAAAGUAAUAGUCUAUAAAUAUAUUUAAUAGAAACUUGAGUUUGACAUUCAUGGGCGUAAAGACAUGUAUUUUUUUUUUUUUUAAGAAAUAAGUGUUGUGUAACACUAUGGCUUUGCUUCUGUAGCCCAAGUAGAGAAACUUCUGGAACACCAUGUAAAAAAGCAAUGAUUGAUUCUGACGCUGAUUCAUUAAAACUGGAUGAUUGGCAUUUGGUGACAUUCUGUUGCCCACCCGCCCGCCUGCCCAUCAAGCUGCAAACCGUGUUUGUGGCAGCACAGGCUGCCUGGUUAGAAGAGUGCAGCAAGCUCUCUGGCACCUCUUAAUUUUCAGAAGAACUGUCCAAAAUUAGAGUAAUUUAUUUUGCUUUACAGGAGUUUGCCAUGUAUUGACUUAAAUAUUGUAUUUUGGUAAUAAAUUUUUUUUGUUAAAAAA